UUCCUGCGCUCGCAGACAGUUCCCGUCGCAGCUAUAACACGUCACCAGUCUCCCGGUCACCUCUGUUCCUGACAUGUAUCGCGCUGCGAGCACUAGCUUACGGCGCAGGACCUCAGCCCUGCGCAGGCUACUCAGCACCCUGGUGAUUGCGGAACAUGACACCCAGCAAGUGACCCCCAUCACCCUCAGCGCCAUUUCUGCUGCUAAGAGAGUUGGAGGCGAUGUGUCCUGCUUGGUGGCCGGGACCGACUGCACAAAGAUCGUGGAGCAGUUGGCAAAGGUUCAAGGAGUUUCUAAACUGUUUGUAGCUCAGCAAGAAGCAUACAAGGGUUUCCUACCAGAGGAGCUGACCCCCUUGAUUUUAGAAGUACAGAAGCAGUUUGGUUUCACUCACAUCUGUGCUGGAGCAUCAGCCUUUGGAAAGAGUCUCCUGCCAAGAGUAGCAGCGAAGCUAGAUGUAGCCCCGGUUUCUGAUGUUAUUGACAUUAAGUCACCAGAUACAUUCGUAAGGACAAUCUAUGCUGGAAAUGCCUUGUGCUCUGUGAAGUGUGAUGAGUCUGUGAAAGUUUUCACUAUCAGAGGCACAUCAUUUGAGAUGGCUUCAAAUUCAGGUGGGAAUGCAAGCCUAGAACAAGUGUCACCACCUCCACCGGUUGGAAAAUCUGAAUGGAUACAGCAGAGUUUGACCAAAAGUGACCGCCCAGAGCUGACCAGUGCCAAGGUUGUAGUUUCUGGAGGUCGAGGACUGAAGAGUGGAGAUAACUUUAAAUUGCUGUAUGAUCUGGCAGAUCAGCUGCAUGCUGCAGUUGGUGCUUCUCGUGCAGCUGUAGACGCUGGCUUUGUACCCAAUGAUAUGCAAGUUGGACAGACAGGAAAAAUUGUUGCACCUGAGCUGUAUAUUGCAGUAGGGAUCUCUGGGGCCAUUCAGCACCUGGCUGGAAUGAAAGAUAGCAAGACCAUUGUUGCCAUAAACAAGGAUCCAGAGGCUCCCAUCUUCCAGGUAUCAGAUUAUGGUUUGGUGGCAGAUUUAUUUAAGGCGGUACCAGAAAUGACUGAACUACUCAAGAAAAAAUAAAGAAGAGUCAGUGGAAAACAUUAGCUGCUUUAUGAAAAUUUACAUUGUAAUUAACCAUAAAACUAAAUAUGGACAAACCACAAAAGAUCACUGUAUAUUAAGCUGAUUGAAGAAACUUUAUAGUUUUUUUUUAACCAGCAGUGUUUAAAUGGAUAGCACCAUUUUAUUAGCUAAUAAUAAAAUUCAUGUGCUGUAAAUUUAAUAAAAAAAUGAAUUGUAUUUAUUGUAGGUAAUGAUGGUCUGUAUAGUUGAAUGAAAAAAUUGGUUUUGUAUGAAAAAAUAAUUAGCAAUGAAAUACAAUUAUAAGGGAAUGAUGAUACUUCCAUCAUCCCAAUAACAGCAGAAAUUUGACUUAAAAAAUAGACACUAAGCACACCUUUAAAUUUAUCCUAAGAAUAACUGGGAAAAAAAACUUUCAAACUCGAUGUUCGUAACUUUGUAAAUCAAAAGCGUCUUUUUGAUGUCCUUAAAGAAAAUACAUUGUGGUUUGGAUGGUUAAGUCCAUAACAAUACUAUUCGCCUCCCAUAAGCUAUGUUUGACAUAAAUGUCUUCAAUAAAGGACCGUCUCCUACAACUAACAAA